AUGACUGCUCUAUCUCCAACUUGUGAAGCAACCAGCAAAGACAUCGUCAUGCAUCUAACCAGCGAAGAACUCGAAAAGCACAACAGCAAGGACUCCUGCUGGGUGGCGAUCCACGGCUCCGUCUACGAUGUAACAGACUUCCUAGAGUCUCACCCAGGCGGGUCAAAGGUCAUCCUGCGAUGCGCCGGAAAAGACGCAACAGCAGACUUCGACUCCGUGCACGACAUCGAACUGCUAACACAGACAUUACCGCCGUCGUCGCUGCGAGGGACAAUACAACCCGGAUCUGUCUCUGCUGCCAACAGGCAACACCCCACAGCAAAAAGCAACGAGGUACAGGUACCGGUCCUAACCAGCCUAAUAAACCUGCACGACUUCGAAACCAUCGCCCAAACCCAUCUCAGCCCAAACGCCUGGGCAUAUAUCUCCUCCGGCGCCGAAGACGAACUCACCAAGCGCCAAAACGCAAAAGCAUUCCAGAAGAUCGCCCUGCGCCCCCGGAUUCUGCGCCGUAUUCCUGCGGUGGAUACCUCGGCCACUAUCCUGGGUAAGGCAGUCUCGCUUCCAGUCUACAUGAGCGCCGUGGGGAUAGCCAAGUACGCGCAUCCCGAUGGCGAGUGUGCGCUUUCAGCCGCGGCGGGACAUGAGGGACUGGCGCAGGUUCUUGCAAAUGGGUCGAGUUUUCCUAUUGAGCGGGUGAUGGAGGCGAGGACGGACCCUGGACCUGGACAGCCUGUGUUCCAGCAGCUGUACGUGAAUCGGGAGAUUGGGAAGUCGGAGGAGAUUGUGAGGCGGGCGGAGAGGGCUGGGGCUGGGGCGAUUUGGGUUACGGUUGAUUCGCCGGUCGUGGGGAAGAGGGAGAUGGAUGAGCGGUUGAAUGUUGAAAUGGAUUCUGGCCAAGGCGUUGCAAAGACAAUGGCCAGUUUUAUAUCCCCGUUCAUCGACUGGGAGAUCCUCACCUGGCUCCGAGGGCUGACGGGCCUUCCUAUCGUCAUUAAAGGCAUCCAGUGUGUUGAGGACGCAGUUCUUGCGUAUGAGCAUGGUGUCCAGGGGAUUGUUCUCUCCAACCAUGGCGGGCGCUCACAGGAUACAGCCCAAGCACCGCUUCUCACCCUGCUCGAGAUCCGACGGUACGCGGCAUAUCUAAUUGACAGUCCAAUGGAAAUCUACAUAGACGGAGGUAUUCGGCGUGGUACGGACGUGUUGAAGGCUAUUGCUUUGGGUGCUACUGCCGUUGGGCUUGGACGACCUCUGCUAUACAGCCUUGCAGCUGGGUAUGGGGAGCAGGGUGUGCGCCGGGCUAUCAAUAUCCUGAGACUGGAAAUCGAGGCGAACAUGACGUUUCUUGGGGUGACGAGUCUGAAGGAGUUAGGGCCACAUCUGCUGAACACAUCUCGACUGGAGAGAGACGUUGUUGGCUCAGUGAAGCUAUAA